AUGGCAAUUCCUCGCCUGACAGAGGGAGCUGAGGCCGCAUUUUCUUCUCCAGGGAGGUUUCAUCGACGACAUGUCAGCCGUGCCUGUGAAUCAUGCAGACAAAGGAAAACCAAAUGUACUGGGGAUAAAAGCGGAUGUCGAAACUGCCGAGAGGCUGGAAUCAUAUGUUGUUAUACUGAUGGGAAACGGGAAAAAUCAAAGAGACAGUUAGCCAGUCUCGAAGCUAAACUCGAACAGUAUGAGAAUGCAUUCAAGGGAUUAAGUGGGCGUUAUAAUCUCUCUGCCGAGCAACUCAUGGGGAUUUCCGCAUUGGACACCGCUAUGGAACCAGUAACGCAACAUUCCGACUCCAUUACUGCUGAUAGUCCAAUUUCCUUUCGAUUGUCUGGGACUUCAUUGUCAUCCGUUCAAUCCCAUCAAGUCCCUGUGCACACGGCUGAAGACUUCAAUAAAGACGAGACCGCGCAGGCCACUGGAUUUAUUGGAGAAAGUUCAGAGGUCAACUGGCUCCAUAAAUUGGAUAAAGAACUUGGGGAUACUAAGGAUUCCCGAAACCCAGCUGCUUGUGUACCAACACAGUCACUUCUGGAUGCUCUCCACUAUCCCAUAUCUGAAUCAAGCUACCAUCUCGAUGAUUUGGACUUACCCACUAUAGACGAGUCCAAGAUAUACGACAUUCCAUCAAAAUCCACUGCCAGCUAUCUAUACCAAACCUACUUGGAUUGGGUUCAUCCUUCAUUCCCUAUCAUAGGAACCGCGACCUUCGGGCUGCAGUUCCAAACAUUCUUUAAUAACCCGGCGUUACAACCAGGAAAUAAAUGGCUUGCCAUUUUAAAUCUAAUUUUCGCAAUCGGCACACAGUACUACUAUCUUGCCGGUGUAUCGAACACCUUCGACACGGAAUCUUAUCACUCGUACUUUGCUAGAGCGAGAAUUUUGAGUUUAGAAGACCGAAGUUUUCAUCACCCUGAUCUGCAACAAUUGCAGGUUGAAGGACUCGCUGCGUUGUAUCUCCUCACAUCAGGACAAGUCAAUCGAGCGUGGAAAAUAUGCGGCGAUGCCGUCCGCGGAGCAAUGAGUCUUGGGCUUCAUCUAUACAGCAUGGGCCCUUCUACUUCCGACACCUCCAAGGAGAUCCGAUACCGCGUUUGGUGGUCUUUAUAUACAAUGGAACAUCAGCUCUGUGUAAUGACUGGACGGCCUUCCAUUAUUUCUGAGGCUCUUUGCACGACACCCUUACCAGUUCCGUUUGAUGAGCGAGACUUCUCAAAUGCAGAGGUGAUGUCUCUAAUCCGUCGCGACGCUUUAAGCUCCAUCCAGCCAGUCAUAAUAUCGGGCGUUAGUAGAUUCGGCAUGAAUGAAGCAAGUGCGAGCUCUAUUCCCUCUACGACAUGCUCUAGUUCUACUUCUGGGUCGCUAUACUUUAUUCAGAUUGUCAAAUUAGCGUCCACUGGCAAGCGAAUGCUAUCAAAGCUCUAUACGGCAGAAGGAAUGCAGCAACCACGACCAAGCAAGGAGUUUACGAUACGAGGCCUCAUGAUUGAAAUCGACGCAUGGUGCAUGAAUCUACCCAAAGAAUUCGACUUUACCUCUACAUCAUCUUCCACUAGAAGCCCAAGUUCCUUAGCGGGCCAAAGGAUAAGUCUGGCGCUACUCUUUUAUAGCACCAAAAUCGGUAUCACUCGACCCUGUCUUGAUAUCUCGAACCCACCUCAGGAAGACGGUAGCAGAAAAUAUGAUUUCUGUCGCAAGUCAGCUACCGAGUGUGUUGAAUCAGCUUGUCAUAUGAUCAGAUUAUUUCCCGAACCUCCAGAUGUCUCUGCUUUAUACAAGACAACGCCUUGGUGGUGCAUGUUGCAUUUCCUCAUGCAAGCAACUGCCGUAAUUUAUCUUGAACUUUCGUACAACACCCGUCAUGUGCCUGAUAAAACGCUUAUGGUCACUAAGGCAGCCAUAAAAUCAUUCGAGUGGCUCUCAUUUAUGUCCAAAACCAGCACGGCUGCAGAAAAGGCCCGGAAGCUGUGUGAACGCUUUCUACAUCGCCUUGGAAUCCACCCAAAUAUCCAAGUUUCUAAAUUCACUGGAGCUGACGGUCCAUCAUCACAAUCUUCUUUAACCGAUGAACAGCCAGAUGAAGGGGUAAAACUUUCACAAGAAAUAUUCACCAGCCCAUCAUCUCCUAUACUUCGAUCUAAUAGCUCUGCUGUUCGGUCAUCAUCCAUCGGCCUGGUAACUUCAGAUGCCCAAGGCUCUCAUAACCCAUACGACGAAGACUACCUUCCUUAUGAUCCAAGCACUGGGCAAAUUACAGGGUCUUUCUUCCCAGGAACUGGAGGCAAUAAUGAUCUUGGCUUAGGAUAUUAUUGGAAUGACCGGACUUGAGUCUUUAAAACGGUCAUUUGUCAAAGCCUCAAGAAUCUCUUAAACUGUAAGAAAAUUCUAGCUAUCUUUAUUGUACUCACCUUCCGGGGUAUCUUUUUAUGCGUCUUUUUUUUCUUUAGCCCUAUUAUUCCCAUGGACGGCUAUUAAGUCCCCCGACACGUCUUGUUUCCAGACUGCAUUUCUACUAGUGGUUAAUUCGCUGCUGGCAUGGUUAAUAAAUUAUGUUUGAUUCGGCCUUGAUAACGAUCUUAUCACUUCAUUAUGUCGUCUGUCAUGGCCAUGC